AUGGAUUAUUUAAGAGAAAAGGUUUCAGGGAAAAAAAAUCGCUUAAAACAAGGCAAUUUUAAUUUGGAUCUAACUUAUAUAACAAAAAGAAUAAUAGCCAUGAGCAUGCCUGGAGAAGGAAUUCAAGGAAUCUAUCGAAACCCUAUCGAUUAAGUAAAAUAUACUAAAAUUAAUAGGUAGCUUAAUACUUGAAUGAAAGGCAUAAGGAAGAGUAUUUCAUUUUCAAUUUAAGUGGCAAGAAUUAUGAUGAAUCUAAAUUUAAAGGAUAAAUCUUUAAAGAUUAUUUUUGGAAAGACCAUCAUUCACCCUCGUUAAAUGUUUUAUUCGACAUUUGUUUAUAAAUUCAUAAUAUAUUAAAAUGUAUUUUAUACAGUUAGUAAAUGAGCAAAUUUUGAAAAUAUUGUAGUAGUUCACUGUUUAGCAGGGAAGGGAAGAACUGGGACAGUUAUUUGCUGUUAUUUAUUAUAUUCUGGCAGAUUUAACAAUGUGUCUGAUGUUCUUAAUUAUUAUGGAAAAAAAAGAUUCUAUGGAGAAGGUUUAAGUGUAAACUAACCAUGUCAAAUCAAAUACAUAAAUUAUUUUAAUGAUUUACUUAAUAUGGAUAAACGAAUAUUUCCAAAUCUUAUCUAAAUCAAAUCAAUAUCCUUUUAUGGAAAGUACUAUACGUAUUAAGAUAUAGUUCUCCUUAAAUUGAUAUUAAUGGUUAAUGUUAUCCUUACGUAGAAAUUAUUGAUGUAAUUAAGGAUUUAAAAUUAUAUUCUACCAAAAAAUAAUCAAAAAAAUAUGUAGGUAAAAGUCAUCAAAUUAUUUUUGGGAACUAAAUUCCACUAUCUGCAGAUGUAUUAAUUAAAGUAAAAAGUUAUGGUACAAUAAGUGAUUCAAAAAUGUUUAGAUUAGCUUUCAAUACAGCAUUCUUUCAAAAUACAAAGUAAAUAAGUAAUUUUAUCAGAGUAAAUUAACCUAUGAUUUGAAUGAUUUGGAUCCAUCAUAGAUUUAAAAGGAUGUUAGAUUUGAUAAAAAAUUUAGAGUUGAAGUAUAAUUGUUAUUUAAUUAAAGGUAGAUAUAGAAAAAUGCAAAAUUUGCUCUGAUGCAAAUUCAUUUGAGUAAAAAUGCUAAAUAUGUAUGCCUCACUUAAUUUAGCAUUCAAUGACUUGGAAUAGAAUAAAUGAAAUAAUUAACAGGUAUGUUAAGCCUACUGAAAUUUAAACAACAUAAUUGCUAUUUAAAAAUAAAGAAGAUGAUGAUGUAGAAGCAAUCCUGAAAGAUAAAAUCCUUGAAAAAACUAAUUCCCUCUGCCUUAAAGCUUAAUUACUAGACUAAUAAAUUUAAUCUUGAUGUG